GUCAUUCCAGCGCACCCUUUUAAGGGUUCAAUUCAAGUCCCGCAAAUAAACCUUUUUUCCCUUCUUUUCUGAUUCAUACUUCAUUUUAACUGCACUACUAUGUUGUCUGUUUUUUCUAACCUUUCCCUCAUGCACUUUGCAACUGGUUUUCUCUUCAAACCCAAUUUUCUUCAUGGCUUAUCUGGCUUUCUCCACCUACUGUUGUUGGUGGCGGUUUUGGUUUCAUGGGUUUGGAAGAAAAUCACUGUAGGUGCUAGGGAUGAGUCUAAGGAGAAAUCCAAUAGCACUCUCUUUAAAACGACUGUGUUUUGUGCUCUUGGUGUUUCUGCUUUCAGUGUUGUGCUCUUCUUGUUCAAUUACUUCUAUUGGUAUAGAAGUGGUUGGACAGAAGAAAAGCUCGUGACCCUUUUAGAUUUGGCGUUCAAAACAGUUGCUUGGGGUGUUGUUUGUGUUUGCUUACACAACGGGUUCUUCAGUUCGGGUGAAAGGAGGUUCUCAUUCUUCUUCAGAGCUUGGUGUGUCUUCUACCUCCUUAUUUCUUGUUAUUCCUUCGUAGUGGACAUUGUUGUUCUCUAUGAAAAAAAUGUUGUUUUACCAGUUCAGUACUUGGUUUGUGAUUUAGUGUCUACUUGUGCGGGCUUGUUUUUCUGUUACGUGGGGUAUUUUUUGAAAAACGAAGGCCAAGAUAACAUUCUUCAAGAGCCUCUUUUGAAUGGUGAUACAAAUGUUGGUAAUGCCUUGGAGUCAAAAGAGACCAAGGGGGGUGACACUGUUACUCCUUAUUCAAAUGCUGGACUUCUCAGCAGUCUUACGUUCUCUUGGGUGGGUCCUCUUGUAGCUGUUGGCAAAAAGAAGACAUUGGACCUUGAGGAUGUUCCUCAACUAGAUAGUGGAGAUAGUGUAGUUGGUGCAUUUCCAAGUUUCAGAGACAAACUUGAAGCUGAUUGUGGUGCAAUUAAUAGUGUGACCAUACUUAAGCUGGUGAAGUCAAUAAUUGUGUCAUCGUGGAAGGAGAUUCUUUUCACAGCUAUUCUUGCAUUGUUGAACACAUUGGCUUCUUAUGUUGGUCCUUAUCUUAUUGAUGCUUUUGUCCAGUACCUUGAUGGACAACGGCAAUAUGAAAACCAGGGCUAUGCUUUGGUUUCUGCGUUUUUCUUUGCAAAGAUUGUAGAGUGUCUCACUCAAAGGCAUUGGUUCUUUAGGUUGCAGCAAGUUGGAAUUCGAAUUCGAUCACUGCUUGUCACAAUGAUCUAUAAUAAGACUUUGACUCUUUCUUGUCAAUCAAGGCAGGGCCACACUUCUGGGGAAAUAAUCAAUUUCAUGACUGUUGAUGCUGAAAGAGUUGGUGUCUUCAGUUGGUACAUGCAUGAUUUGUGGAUGGUGGCUCUGCAAGUUACAUUGGCCUUGCUGAUUUUGUAUAAGAACCUUGGCCUUGCUUCGAUUGCUGCUUUCAUUGCAACUAUCGUUGUUAUGUUGGCAAAUGUUCCAUUGGGAUCAUUGCUAGAGAAGUUUCAAGAUGAGUUGAUGAAGUCAAAAGAUACAAGAAUGAAGACCACAUCUGAGAUUUUAAGGAACAUGAGGAUCCUGAAACUACAAGGCUGGGAAAUGAAGUUUCUAUCUAAAAUAACUGAACUCAGGAAAACUGAGCAAGGCUGGUUAAAAAAAUAUGUUUAUAGUGCAGCCAUAACAACGUUUGUGUUUUGGGGUGCCCCUACAUUUGUAUCUGUGGUUACUUUUGGUACUUGUAUGCUAAUGGGGAUCCCACUUGAAUCAGGGAAGAUCUUGUCUGCACUUGCAACUUUCCGGAUUCUUCAAGAGCCCAUUUAUAAUCUUCCAGAUACAAUUUCAAUGAUAGCACAAACUAAAGUUUCUCUUGAUAGGAUUGCAUCAUUCCUUCGUCUUGAUGACUUAAGGUCUGAUAUUGUAGAGAAACUUCCUUGGGGUGGUUCUGAUAUGGCAAUUGAAGUAAUUGAUGGGAACUUUUCUUGGGAUUUAUCUGCCUCUGAUCCAACGUUACAAAACAUAAAUCUCAGAGUUUUUCAUGGGAUGAGGGUUGCUGUCUGCGGUACUGUUGGAUCGGGCAAGUCUACUUUGCUUUCUUGUGUAUUGGGAGAAGUACCAAAAAUAUCAGGCAUUCUUAAGGUUUGUGGAACAAAGGCCUAUGUUGCUCAAUCACCAUGGAUACAAAGUGGCAAGAUAGAGGAUAAUAUAUUGUUCGGCAAACACAUGGAUAGGGAAAGGUACGAGAAGGUACUUGAAGCCUGUUCUCUGAAGAAGGAUCUGGAGAUUUUGUCAUUUGGUGAUCAGACCAUUAUAGGAGAGCGUGGAAUAAAUUUAAGUGGUGGACAGAAACAAAGAAUACAAAUUGCACGUGCUCUUUACCAAGAUGCUGAUAUGUAUCUAUUUGAUGAUCCUUUUAGUGCUGUGGAUGCUCAUACAGGUUCUCACCUCUUUAAGGAAUGCUUGCUGGGCUUUUUAAGUUCAAAGACAGUGGUUUAUGUCACUCAUCAAGUGGAGUUCUUACCUGCUGCUGACCUUAUAUUGGUAAUGAAAGAUGGGAGAAUUACUCAAUGUGGAAAGUAUGAUGAUCUUCUUAGCAAUGGUACCGAUUUUUUGGAACUUGUUGGUGCGCACAAAAAAGCACUCUCCACACUAAAUUCAUUGGAUGGAGAGACAGUAUCUAAUGAAAUAAGUGCUUCGGAACAAGAUGUUAACGUCUCUGCCACUCAUGAUGUUCAAGAAAAAGAAGCAAACAAAGAUGAGCCAAAUGGCAAAACAGAUGACACGAGUGAACCAAAAGGUCAGCUUGUUCAAGAAGAAGAAAGAGAAAAAGGUAAAGUUGGGUUUUCUGUCUACUGGAAAUAUAUCACAACGGCAUAUGGAGGGGCUCUAGUACCAUUCAUUUUGUUAGCUCAGAUUCUUUUUCAAGCUCUUCAAAUUGGAAGCAACUAUUGGAUGGCUUGGGCGACUCCCAUUUCAUCAGAUGUGGAGCCACCUGUUGGAGGAACGACUCUUAUAGCAGUCUAUGUUGGUUUGGCCAUUGGAAGUUCUUUAUGCAUCCUUGUCAGAGCACUGCUUCUUGCCACAGCUGGUUAUAAGACAGCUACUAUUCUCUUUAAUAAAAUGCACUUCUGCAUUUUCCGUGCUCCAAUGUCCUUUUUCGAUUCCACUCCAAGUGGGCGAAUCCUCAACAGAGCCUCAACUGACCAAAGUGCAGUGGAUACAGACAUUCCUUAUCAAAUUGGAUCAUUUGCCUUCUCUCUGAUCCAGCUUCUGGGAAUUAUUGUAGUGAUGUCUCAGGUUGCAUGGCAGGUUUUCUUUGUCUUUAUACCUGUGAUAGCAGUCAGCAUCUGGUAUCAGCAAUAUUAUCUACCAUCGGCCCGGGAACUAUCGCGUUUAGUUGGAGUGUGCAAGGCCCCAAUCAUUCAACACUUUGCUGAAACAAUUUCUGGCACUUCAACCAUUAGAAGCUUUGAUCAGCAGUCAAGAUUUCAGGAAACAAAUAUGAAACUGACUGAUGGGUAUUCUCGGCCGAAGUUCAACAUUGCUGGUGCCAUGGAAUGGUUGUGCUUCCGCUUAGAUAUGUUGUCGUCUAUCACAUUUGCCUUUUCCUUAAUAUUCUUAAUAUCUAUUCCACAAGGAGUCAUAGAUCCAGGCAUUGCCGGUUUAGCCGUUACCUAUGGACUUAAUUUGAACAUGAUACAAGCUUGGGUGAUAUGGAAUCUUUGCAACUUGGAGAACAAAAUUAUAUCAGUAGAAAGAAUACUUCAGUAUACUUGUAUUCCCAGCGAGCCUUCCCUUGUUGUAGAAGAAAAUCGGCCUGAUCCUUCUUGGCCCCCAUAUGGCAAGGUUGAUAUACAAGAUUUGCAGGUUCGCUAUGCUCCACAUCUUCCACUUGUAUUGCGGGGCCUUACAUGCACGUUUUUGGGGGGACUGAAAACCGGCAUAGUUGGGAGAACAGGAAGUGGUAAAUCGACUCUUAUACAAACACUUUUCCGAAUUGUCGAGCCUACUUCUGGGCAAGUUAUGAUUGACGACAUCAACAUCUCUUCAAUCGGACUUCAUGAUCUGAGGUCUAGACUAAGCAUUAUUCCCCAGGAUCCAACAAUGUUUGAAGGGACAGUGAGAAAUAAUCUGGACCCCCUGGAAGAGUACACUGAUGAACAAAUUUGGGAGGCCCUGGAUAAGUGUCAACUUGGAGAUGAAGUUAGAAAGAAAGAAGGAAAGCUUGACUCUGCAGUUAGCGAAAAUGGUGAGAAUUGGAGUAUGGGUCAGAGGCAGUUGGUCUGCCUUGGUAGGGUGUUGCUUAAGAAAAGCAAGGUUUUGGUGCUUGAUGAAGCGACUGCAUCUGUUGACACCGCCACGGAUAAUUUGAUUCAGCAAACUCUCAGGCAACAUUUCUCUGACUCCACAGUCAUUACCAUUGCACAUCGAAUAACAUCUGUUCUUGAUAGUGAUAUGGUUCUCCUUCUUAGUCAAGGACUUAUUGAGGAGUAUAACUCCCCAACAACAUUGCUAGAGAAUAAGUCAUCAUCUUUUGCUCAACUUGUUGCAGAGUAUACCAUGAGAUCCAACUCCAGUUUUGGAAAAUCUGCUGAUCGCUGAUCGCAACAUACAGAAAUAAAUAGUUUCUUGACAAUGACGAAGAGCUGGUGGGGGAGGGGUUACACUCUUAUCAAUGGAUUUUGUAAUUCUUUUGUCAUUAAGUAUGUUUGUUAGAAAAAUGUAUUUUAUAUAACGAGGCUUUUGACAUGCUAUGAAACGCUGUCAUGUCUACCCCCACUUUUUUACAAGGAUGAAGGAAGAAAUUAUUAAGAGGGAAGAUUUAUAUAAAGCGAAACAGAAAGUCCAAUUGAUUUUGAUGCAUUGCUGGUAUGUGUCGACCAUAGACGACGUUGUCUAUUGGAGAUGAGAUAAUACAUUUGCUGGCUGGGAAAGAUAUUAACCUUAAUUUCACACUAAUACAUUUUCUCAUUGAAAGCUGAGGAGGAUUUCGAAUG